AUGGCGAGUGAGAAGAACAAGGUAAAGCGAAAAGCAAGAGAUGAAAACGACGACGAUAGAACCAAAAAGAAAAACAAAACGACGGAACCAAAACCAAACGUGGAGCCACUUCGUUUCUUCCUGGAUCAUUUUCAAGCCGCCAACGGUUUACACCUCUCUUCCAUCGAACUCGAAUCCCUGAAAGAUACCGCCAUUUUGAAGCUAUCGAAUUCCCAAACUACGGACACUGAUUUAGAUGUGAAAUUCAUGGCGAGUGAUGUUAAAGCUUCGUUCGGUGAUUCGUGGAGAAAGGUUCUCUGUGAAAGUGAAGUUGUGGAAGGAAAAAUCGCUGCUGGUAGUCCUUCUGUUCUUGUUGUCUCUUACUCUGCUUUGAGAUCUAUUCACCUUUUGAAAGGGUUUCGAUCCGUUACGAAACAGUGUAGCUCCGUGAAGUUGUUUUCUAAGCAUAUCAAACUUGAAGAACAGAUUUCUUUGUUGAAAAACCGUGUUAACAUUGCUAGCGGCACACCAAGCAGGAUUAAGAAGCUCAUUGACAAUGAAGCCUUGGGCCUUUCAAGGUUAAAAGUACUUGUGCUUGAUAUUCAUCCUGAUGUAAAGGGCUUUUCCUUGUUUACCCUUCCACAAGUCAGUGAUGAAUUUUGGGACUUGUUCAAGAAUUAUUUUUAUCAACCGAUGAUCCAGGGUGAUCUGCGCAUUUGUCUCUAUGGUCCAUGUAAGCCGGCUGCUGGUUUAAAAGGCAAAAAAGGAGUUCAUGUUCCCGAUGAAUAA